AUGCAUCUGCAAACGCAGACGGCCGGCGGUACAAUCACGACCACGUUCACUACGACUACUACGACGGCGCAGAUGGCAAAGUCAAAGGCUUAUUCUUCUAUUCCCCUCCCGGCAUCCCCAACCCUCACAAACCCCGACAUGAUCCUUCCUUACGGCGAAUACGACUUUGGACAACCAGCUUCCUCAGGCGAAGACUGGGACGACGACUCCAGGCAAGCCAAUAUGCACACCUCAAUGGGGAAAAUAGCCUCAACAACACCCAUCAUAUACGGGAACGGGACCAUGCUAUCGGAUAUCGGGGAAGUGACAGAGGCGGAGAGCACACUAGGGAAGAAUACGAGUAGUAGGUUGCCAGGACCUGCAGAGCGCAGGCUUCUGAAGCAGCAGCAGCAAGCGUCGGGAAACAGUACACCGAUGAGAUCGAGUCCAACAAUCGGAUAUGCGGCCGUUAUGAAGCGAACACAGACGGGUACCCAUAAGAAGAGAGUUUCCGUCGAUUCCGCAAGUACCAUCACAUCAGAAGGCCGGACGGCGGAGCUGUUCCAGGACUUCGACGAUGAUAUAAGUGUAGAUGAUAGUGUUUUCCAAGGAGACGAUGAGGAGAGCGUCGCAGACUCGCACACCGAGCAAGUAAUCGCAUCUGAGACAAAGCGAUUAGCGACUAGGGAUUCCGAGUUUCACUCUGAAGAAGAUCGCAAUUCUAGCGCGGCACUGAGCAGAAGAGCGGAACAAAUCCUCUCAAAUGCCAAAAAAAGACUCAAUAACAUGGAAGGCAACUUAACUCGAGCGCGUAGCACUUUAUAUGUAACUCGAUCUGGAUCCGGGUCAUCGAUACAUAGCAGCAGCCCACUGUCCCGAUCGACACCUUCUCCUCAAAAUGACAAGUUGGCAACCCCCUCGAAACAAAGACCAUCGCCCACGUCUGCCCAAGCUGUGAGCCUAGGACAUGCCCGACGCGGCAGUGAAAACUCGACUCUUUCGUCCCAGCGAGUAGCGCUAUUUCGAAUACCAAUUCCUGUGCGCUCAGCAAGUGCAGCAGCGCAGCUUGCUGGCCGCAGCGACUUGAACAGGCGGUCGCCACAGCCGAGUUCGGGAACACAGACAAUUCGCGAGGAUACCGGAACCCCGUCUCAUUCUGGAUAUGCCUCUUCGUUGAGCAAAUCUUCCCCUACACAUGCGACUCUAGAGCCACUCAAUGAGCACGAAGAUCGUGUUGAUUUUGAUGCGGAUAGAGAAAGUAUUAGAUCCAGUGUCGAUACAUAUGUGGGGUCAAAUGGGGAACAUCGGGGUUUGACUCGAACAGCAUCUUCCGCGCAGAUGCGAGAACUUAAGGAUCAAAUGUCUGAUCUCAAAGGACGACUUUCGGCUCUAAGGGACCGAGCGCGGGAUGAUACGAUGAAACGCCGGAGUAUGCAAAGUUUGAGGAUCCCAAGUCCCUUCACAGCAGCUGAGCAGUGGUAUGCUUCCUCGAAAAAUUAUGGGGAUCCACUCGGUGCUGAUGCUGGAGUCGCCUCGCCUCCUUGGAAAGGAUCAGAGACUGGGGACGCGGAAGCGAAGCAUGACUUUGUUAUUGACGGCACCCCGAGGGACAUGCCGGACGAUAGCACCGCCUCUGAUAUUACCAGUAUAUAUGAGGACGUCAACGAGCAUCAGAGUACGUAUGAACCGGAACAGAACCGUGAUCUGGGAAGCCCCGAAACAAUGGUUGGGUCCUACGCCAAUGGCGACGAGGACCUGGAUCGGGGGAUCGGUGAUGACGGCAACGGAGAGAUGCUCGACCAUGAGGAGGAGGAUGAGUAUGAAAGCGAUGCCUCGCUUUACCAGGAUUCUCAGUCGACUCCGUUAUCUCACGAAGAUCGUGAAGAUGCAUUCGAUUACGAGCACUUCUUUCUGCACAGUGCUUUGGGGACGAUCAGUCAGCAAAGAAUGGAACGAAGAGGAAGUUUCAAUUCAGAAGAUUCGGUUGAAACUGUGCAAGCUGUGCCCAUUUCAGCCAGUCCCGCGAGGAAAACUUUGGGAACACACUUCAGAACCGAAAGUAGCGACUCGGUGUCUACAAGCGCCAGCUUUAUAACAGCAACAGAGGGCAACAAAUCAGAAAAUGGGGACUACUACGAAGACCAGGAAGAGAAAGUGGAGCCAAACAGAUUCGCAGUUCAGCGAGUGACUGCCCUCCCAGCUCACUCAAUCACAUCUACAUCUUUAGCAACAGAGCGAUUGACUUAUGGCUCAGACACGAUGACUCGAUCAGACGAUCCCAAUUCUUUUAUCAUUGACCCUACUACAAGAUCGAGCUCAGCGGGCCACGAUCGGAGCCAGAGAAAUGCAAGCAAACCCCACCAUCCCUCUGCAGGGUCCUUCGAAUCCUUCGUUUCCAACGGCACGUCGCGUAGUUUUCCUCUGGUCAACAAAUCGAAGUCUCAGCAAAUCAGCGUAUCUAGCGCACCUACCCUUGGGUCUCUAAUGCAGGCCUCGCCCUCGAUCCUGAGCGAUUCCAUGACAUCGACGGAUACUACCAACGGGGAGAGGCGACAGCCAUCUCCUGUCCACAUGCUCGCUAGAGACGACCAGGCCCUCGUUGAAAGACUUGUGGCCAGCCUGGGGAGAUGCGUUCUCGAACUCCACGAAGCAGGACGUGCGAGCUACGAAGGCAGGGUGUGGAGACGACGUCUGGAUGCCGCCAUACGAGUUCUGGAAGGCGACGGCUCCGCCACCUAA